AAGGAGGAAUGCACAAAUAAUACACAUUAGAAAAAAUGUCCAAGGAAAAUGGCAUUGCUAAUGGCAAUGGAAACUGCAAGCAUUUGCAUAUAGCUAUGUGUCCAUGGUAUGCUUUCGGUCACAUUACUUCUUUUCUCCACUUAGCCAACAAACUUGCUGAGAAGGGUCACAAAAUCUCGUUCUUCCUCCCAACCAACACCAAACACAGAUUUGCCUCUCACAACCACCACCCGAACCUCAUCACUUUGAUUCCUCUCACAGUCCCAGCUGUUGAUGGAUUGCCUGUUGGAGCUGAAACAACUGCGGAUGUGCCUGCCUCUUCUCGGCCCCUCAUUAUGGCUGCCAUGGACCAAACUCAGGAUACAAUUGAGUUUUAUCUCUCUAGUCUUAAGCCUGAUUUUAUCUUCUUUGACUUCACUGAAUGGGUGCCUAAAUUAGCCCGAAAACAUCAGGUUAAGUCUCUGUUUUAUUCCACAGUGUACCUAGUGACAGUUGCUUACUUGCUCCCUCAGCCAAGGAAUCUGCCUAUCAACUCUUUCUCAGAAGACGAAAUGAAGAAGCCCCCACCAGGAUUUCCUUUACCUUCUGUAAGGCUGCGAGCCCAUGAAGCACACAGUCUGGCUGGAGCAUCUGAAGCCGAGUUUGGAGGCAGUGGGCUAUCAUUGUUGGAAAGAGUAUCGGUAGCUUUCCAACAGUGUGAUGCUGUUUGUAUCAAGACUUGCAGAGAGAUGGAAGGGCCUUAUUGUGACUUUGUACAGAAGAAUUAUCGCAAGCCUGUGCUUCUCGCUGGACCAGUAGUGCCAGAAUUGCCAGCUGGUCAGCUUGAUGAGUACUUUGACAAUUGGUUGAAGAAUUUCGGAAAUGGUAGUGUGGUUUAUUGUGCACUUGGGAGCGAAUGUUUCCUUCAGAAAGACCAGUUCCAAGAGCUUGUUUUGGGACUUGAACUAACAGGUAAACCCUUCUUGGCUGCCCUUAAGCUACCUACAGAGUGCUCAACGCUUGAGUCAGCCUUACCGGAAGGGUUCACAGAAAGAACAAAGGGGAGAGGUAUUGUUCACAUUGGUUGGGUGCAACAACAAUUGAUCUUACAACAUCCUUCAGUGGGAUGCUUCUUAACACACUGCGGGGCUGGAUCCUUGUCGGAAGCUAUAGUUUGCAACUGCCAACUGGUGAUGUUGCCUCAUGCAGUAGAUCAAUCUAUCAACGCAAGGUUGAUGAGCCUUGAUCUUAAACUUGGGGUGGAGAUCGAGAAAAGAGAUGAGGAUGGCUUCUUUACUCGUGAGGCAGUUUGUAAGGCAGUGGCGACAGUCAUGGAGGUAGAGAAUGAAGUGGGAAGAGAGGUACGAGCAAACCAUGCAAAAUGGAGGGAGAUUUUGCUAAGAGAUGGACUCGAAGAGGCUUAUAUCAGUGGGUUCAUACAGAGUCUGAAAGACAUUCUCGUAUAAUCAGCUCAAGUUUAACUACACAAAGUCUAGAUCUGCUGUUUUUUUUUUUUUUUUUUUUUUUUUUUUUUUUUUUUUUUUUUUUUCUUGUGCAAUAUUAAAAAUGAAUGUUUAAAAUAAAGGUAGUAAUUGUUGAACAUGGAAUUGUUUAAUGCAAUUUCAUCUUCUUCUAUGUAAGACAGAAGUUAAGGUUCAAUACUAAUUGUAGUUGUUGGUUCAUUGGCA